UGUAGUUUCAUCACCGUGGAGUUGGCAGCGAAAUGUCUGAGUAGAAGCGAACAUUAUUUUUUCCUUGCGUGAGCAUCAAAAUUCCUCGUUAACGAUGGGGCAGUGUGGCAUCACGUCCUCGAAAACCGUCCUGGUCUUCUUGAACCUGAUAUUUUGGGCUGCUGCUGGCAUCUUGUGCUACGUUGGGGCCUACGUGUUCAUUACUUUCGAUGAUUAUGACCAUUUCUUCGAAGACGUGUACACUCUCAUCCCAGCUGUGAUCAUCAUAGCAGUCGGAGCCCUGCUGUUCAUUAUCGGGCUCAUUGGCUGCUGUGCCACGGUGAGGGAGAGCUACUGUGGACUUACAACAUUUGUCGUCAUUCUGCUGCUGGUGUUCAUGACAGAAGUGGCAGUGGUGGUUCUUGGGUAUGUUUACAGAGCAAAGGUUGAAGAUGAAGUAAAUAGAUCUAUCGUCAAAGUUUAUGACGAGUACAACGGCACCAACAGCAAUGCCCAGAGCCGUGCCAUCGACUAUGUUCAGAGACAGCUUCAGUGCUGUGGAAUCCACAACUUUUCAGACUGGCAGCACACCCGCUGGUACGAAGAAUCAAAACAGAACAGUGUUCCCAUCAGUUGCUGCAGAGCUAACUUUGCCGACUGCACAGGUUCUCUCACUCAUCCUGAAGAUCUCUAUCAGGAGGGUUGUGAAGCUCUGGUUGUGAAGAAAUUAAAGGAGAUCAUGAUGUAUGUCAUCUGGACUGCCGUGACAUUUGCCACCAUCCAGGUUUUGGGGAUGCUUUGUGCUUGUGUUGUGCUGUGCCGCCGAAGCAAAGACUCUGCCUACAAGCUUCUCAUUACAGAAGGCACUCCUGCAUAAACGGCAAACUUUCAAAAUGUGUGCAAUUGGUGAGAGCAUAAAAAAAAACCUGUUACCAUACACGACACACUAACUACAAUAAAUAUAUAUGUUUUCCUUUCAAAAAACUUUAGGCUAAAUUCACUAAAGGUCAAUGUUUCGGGAUAUCUUUAUGCUCUGAAUCUAACGAGGUUGAGUCAGGUCUUCUGGAUGGAUUCUUCUUUGUUGAAAAGUUUAGUCUUACACAAAAG